AUGGAGGCUUGCACCGGAACUGCAGUUAUGGGUUCUCUACAACAGCCCAUUUGGAGCAAAGGAACAUCUUUCGCUCCCAAGAAGCCAACUUUUGUUCUCUUCCCGCGUCAGGUUAAGCUCCAGUCAUUGAAACCCUGUAAAGUGUCUGUUGAAGGUAGCUUGGUGACUGGCAGGCCUCCCUCAUCCGUCUCUGUGCCGAUUCCAGAAGCUGAAGGCGAUACAAGUGGCUUCCAGGACCAUGCACUUACUGAUGCUGAUCCAGAGGUUCAUGAUAUUAUCAGAAAGGAAAAGGACAGGCAGUUCAAAAGCCUUGAGCUCAUUGCCUCCGAGAAUUUUACAUCUCGGGCAGUUAUGGAGGCUGUUGGUUCUUGUCUGACUAACAAGUAUUCUGAAGGUCUACCUGGUAAAAGAUACUAUGGUGGAAAUGAACAUAUUGAUGAGCUUGAAACACUAUGUCAAGAAAGAGCUUUGGCCGCUUUUCACUUGGACGGAAACAAGUGGGGUGUUAACGUGCAACCAUUGUCUGGUUCUCCUGCUAAUUUUGAGGUUUACACUGCGAUUCUUAAACCGCACGACCGAAUCAUGGGUUUGGAUUUGCCACAUGGAGGACAUUUGUCUCAUGGAUUCAUGACUCCUAAAAGACGGGUGUCUGGCACUUCAAUAUACUUCGAGUCUAUGCCCUACCGCCUUGAUGAGUCCACAGGUCUGGUUGAUUAUGAUAUGCUUGAAAAGACUGCUAUUCUGUUUCGACCAAAACUUAUCAUUGCUGGUGCCAGUGCCUAUCCCCGCGAUUUUGAUUAUCCUCGCAUGAGGAAAAUAGCAGAUUCUGUUGGUGCUUUCCUCAUGAUGGAUAUGGCUCACAUAAGUGGGCUAGUCGCUGCCUCUGUGGUUGGUGAUCCCUUCGAGUACUGUGAUGUUGUGACAACAACAACACACAAGUCUCUACGGGGUCCCAGAGGUGGCAUGAUUUUCUUUAGGAAGGACCCUAUUCUCGGUGUUGACUUAGAAUCUUCCAUUAACAAUGCUGUUUUCCCCGGAUUACAGGGUGGUCCUCAUAAUCAUACUAUUGGAGGCCUAGCUGUUUGCUUAAAGCAUGCUCAAUCCCCUGCAUUUAAAACUUACCAGAAGCAGGUCGUUUCCAAUUGUAGGGCGCUAGCACAGCGACUGGGCGAAUUGGGAUAUAAGCUUGUUUCUGGCGGGAGUGAUAAUCACCUUGUUUUGGUAGAUCUGAGGCCAAUGGGAAUUGAUGGAGCUCGAGUGGAGAAAAUCCUGGACUUGGCUUCCAUAACUCUCAACAAGAACUCAGUCCCAGGCGAUAAAAGUGCCUUGGUCCCUGGUGGAAUUCGCAUUGGUUCGCCUGCCAUGACUACCAGAGGGUUCAAGGAGAGCGAAUUUGUGGCAACAGCCGAGUUGAUUCACCAAGGGGUGCAAAUAUCACUGGAAGCUAAAUCGUUAGCUUCAGGGCCAAAGCUGCAGGAUUUCUUGAAGUUCGUUGCAUCGCCAGAGUUCCCUCUACAAGAUAAAUUGUCAGAUCUCAGGAAGCAGGUCGAGGGUUUGACAACCCAGUUCCCCAUUCCCGGAGUAUGA